UAUCAUUCGGCCAUAUCAAAGUUUAAAUGAAGUUCCAACAAAAAUCGCCAACAAUGAUAAGUAUUGGCCUUUCUUUAAGGAUUGUAUUGGUGCUCUAGAUGGGACCCGCAUAGACGCAAUAGUAGGAGAUAAAGCUGCACAACCAUUUAGAGGUCGUAAAGGAAACAAAACGUGGAAUGUGUUAGCUUCUUGUUCUUUUGAUAUGCUUUUCAUGUACAUUUGUGUCGGGUUCGAAGGAAGUGCACAUGACACAACGGUUUUGAGGCAUUGUUUAAGCGAUCCUAAUAUGGGAUUCCACCACCCACCUCCAGGAAAAUAUUAUUUGGUUGACUCUGGAUAUCCAAAUUCUACCGGGUAUUUGAGUCCAUAUCAAGAGAAAGGUUUGAGAGUUCAUACUCCUGAAUUUAGGAAUGGUCCUCCACCAAAGGGAAAGUUAGAGCAUUUUAAUUAUCGACAUUCUUCAUUACGUGGGACCGUUGAAAGAAUUUUUGGUGUAUUAAAAAAUAGAUGGAAGAUUCUAAGAAUGAUGCCGAAGAUGGAUGAUGCUUACCAGUUGGCUAUCAUCGUGGCAACAUGCACGCUACAUAAUUUUAUUCGUUUACAUGAUUUAGGAAUUCCAGUUUCGCAAGUAGUUGAAACCAUGGAACCAAGAGCUGAUUUAAAUUUGACUGACAAGACGAGAACAAAGAAUAUGGAGAUAACCCGGGCGAAAAUUGCAGAUGAAAUAUGGUUGGCUGUUGAUGAAGAAAACGUAUUCAUUGAAGAGGAUGAUGUAGAAGAUGAAGAAAGAUACUCCGGUGAAGAAAGAUACUCCAGUGAUGAUAAUGAACCAUUAGGAUGGCAGGUGGUUGCGGAUGAAAAAACAGGUCAGUCGUACGUCGCAACAGGUGGUAAUGGCUUUGGAUUUAAUCCCACUGAGAGUUUCAAUAUUCAGCAGAUUGAGGGUAAUAAUAAUGUGUAUAAAAUAAGAUUUGCUGGGGAAUCAGAUGUUGGUUUCUUUGAGAAAGAUGGGCUUUUGGGUAUCACUAAUGAGAUCCCUCUUCCUGUUGUGUUCCAGAAAGCUUUUGAUGUUUUAGCCAUGGUCUAG